AAACUUUUUUUUAUUACGAGUUAACCUUACGUGUGGAGUCUGGCAGUUGAACAUGGACAUGGAUUUAUAAAUAAACAAUCAAGGUGCAAAUUUUUAAAACAGACAUAGUGACUUACAAAACGUUAGCCAUAGAAGGAUCCCCAUUCGCACUGGAAUAAUAGUAAUUAAUAUGGAAAACCAAGUCCGUUGUUACAACGAUAUUGUAUCGGAAGCUUUCGAUUCUGAAGAUGUUAAAACAGACACAUCAAUAGAUCAGAUUUAUGUUGAAAAAACAAUUUUGAAAUUGUACAAGGAAUUCGAGAAAAAUUCCUCCAUUGAUCCUGAUUUACCACUUUUGAUAAAAGAAGUUCACAGCAAGUUAUUAAAAAAAUGUUUAAUCAAUUUGCCAAAAAGUUAUGAAUGCCUUGAUGCUAGCAGAACCUGGAUCAUAUAUUGGAUUCUACAUUCACUAUGGAUUCUUAAUGACAUGCCCGACCAUGAGACUCUUUCUGCAGUAGUAAAAUUCUUAGAUCAGUGUCAACAUGAAGAUGGCGGUUAUGGUGGGGGGCCUAGACAAUAUCCACAUUUGGGAACAACAUAUGCAGCUGUUAACGCCCUUAGCAUAAUAGGAACCGAUGAGGCUUAUGACUCAAUAGAUAGAAGUAGCUUACAAAGAUUUCUGUGGACAGUUAGAGAUGUUGAUGGAUCCUUUGCUCUUCAUAAAGAUGGAGAACAAGAUAUUAGAGGCGCAUAUUGUGCAAUUAGUAUAGCCAAAAUGACAAAUACAUACACAGAAGCAUUAUUUGAUAAAACGGCAGAAUGGAUUGUUAGUUGUCAGACAUAUGAGGGUGGCUUUGCUGGUUGUCCUGGUAUGGAAGCACAUGGUGGCUAUGCAUUCUGUGGAAUCGCAUCCUUAGCUCUAUUAAAUAGAACACAAUUAUGUGAUAUAGAUUCACUGCUUAGGUGGUCAGUAAACAGACAGAUGAGGAUAGAGGGUGGAUUUCAAGGAAGGACAAACAAACUUGUAGAUGGAUGUUAUUCUUUUUGGCAAGGUGCUGCUUUUCCUAUUAUAAGUGCAAUACUUUCAAAAGAUAAUAAGGAACUUAUUGAGACAGUUCUUUUCAAUCAAUCUGCCCUACAGGAAUACAUUUUGAUAUGUUGUCAAAAUCGGGAUGGUGGUCUGAUUGAUAAGCCUGGCAAGCCUAGAGACAUUUACCAUACAUGUUAUGGCCUCAGUGGAUUAUCGGUAGCGCAACAUGGUACAGGGGUUAUGGAUCCCUACGUAGUUGGAUCACCUAGUAAUGAACUGAAUAGAGUGCAUCCUUUGCAUAAUGUUGCACCUCAUUUGGUUUACAACAGUGUUCACUAUUUUAUCAGGCACCCGCCUCCAGUCAAAGACAAGAAUUAACAAUAAUUUCAUUUUUGUUGUCUAUCUGUUAAAAAGCCAUAUGUAGGAUACACUAUUCUCACAAUGAUGAGUUUUAAAAUAUAUAAUAUGGAAAAUGAUGCUUUUAAAAAAAACUCAAUUUAUUAAACGAAAUUGUAUUUCUUACUGGUGGUAGGACCUCUUGUGA